AUGACAUCGCGAACUGACCGUCCUCUCAUUCUUGUCGGUUCUGGACCGGGAAUCGGAAGACAUAUCGCUUGUGAGUUUGCCUCGAGGAGAUUCAACAAAGUUGCGCUCCUCGCCCGGAAUGCCGGGAGGCUGGCUGAAGACCAGGCGGCAGUCAAGGCCGCCACAAAUGACAAAACCGAAGUGAGGAUAUACCCUGUUGACAUAACCAAUGACGAAGAAUUCAUUGCAACGCUGGACAAGAUUGAGAAUGAAAUGGGGUCACCAGAGGUCUUCUACUACAAUGCAGCCAGGGUCACGCUCAGCAAACUUCUUGAAUCUGACGGCAAGGAGAUGGAAUAUGAUUUCCAGAUCAAUUGCAAAUCGUUACACACCGCUGCUAAAUGGUCAAUCCCGCGUCUAGUGUCACUCGCCGACGCAGAUGCGGAUGCACGACCCUCACUCCUGGUGACAAGCUCUUUAUUGCCAUUGGACCCCAUCCCAGAUCUGUUCGCCCUCUCUAUGGCCAAGGCAGCUCAGAGAAACAUGACCCAGUCCCUCGCAAAGGUGUACGGCCCUAAAGGCGUACAUAUCGGCAUGGUUCUAGUGGGCGGCCCUGUGGACCCGGCUCAUGCCACACUGAGCCCAUCCAACAUUGCGUCUCGUACGUGGGGAUUGUUUCAAGAGCCAAAGGCAAACCAGACCUUCGAGAUUCAGGUUGUAUAA